AUGUUAAGAAGAGUUAUAAUUAGAAGCAAACCUAGUGUUUUUAUCACACCUGGUAGAAGAUUUACAAUUACAAGAACCAACAAUGGGGUAUUAUCUGGUAUAAAUCAAGUACUCUUUGGGGAAAAAGGAGAAAAAGAAGCUGCUGAAAAAGAGGAAGCUGCAGCAAGAAAGGUAGAAUCUAAAAUUGAAGAUGCUAACUUGAAAGUUGGUAAAACACUUGCUGAUGGAAUCCAAGGUGCUCAAGAUAGUGUUAAAGAUGCCAAAGAUACUGCUAAAGAUGUUGAAAAAGGUGCAGAGGAUGUCAACUUAAAGACAGGUAAAGUGUUAGCUUAUGGUAUCCAAGAUGCACAAGACACUGCAACCAAUGUCAAGGAUACAGUUAAGGAUACAGCUAAAGAUGCUGAGAAAGGCGCCCAUGACGCAAAUUUGAAGACAGGUAAAGUUUUGGCUGGUGGUAUCCAAGACGCACAAGACACUGCAACCAAUGUCAAGGAUACAGUCAAGGACACAGUUAACGAUGUUAAAGAAGGAGUUUGGAAGGCCAAUGUGAAAACUGGGGAGGUUUUAGCUGAAGGAAUCCAGGAGGCUCAGGAUGCAGCCAGCAGUGUCAAAGAUACUGUGAAGGAAACAGUUGAUGAAGUUAAAGAAGGAGUCUGGAAGGCCAAUGUGAAAACCGGGGAGGUUUUAGCUGAUGGUAUACAAGAAGCACAAGAUGCAACCACCAAUGUUAAAGAUACAGUAAAAGACACUGCUGAAGGUGUCAAGAGAGGUGCCGAGGAUGCAAAUUUGAAAACAGGUAGGGUUUUAGCUGAUGGAAUUCAGAAUGCACAAGAUGUGGCUCAUGACGUUAAGGAUGAUAUGAAGGAUAAAGCUAGAGAUGUUAAAGAUGAUGCGAAGAACACUGCUAAAGAUGUUAAGGAAGGAGCCGAAAAAGCAAAUAGGAAAACUGGUAAAGUAUUAGCAGAUGGAAUCCAAGACGCACAGGACUUGGAUAAAAUCAAGAACAAGAUAUAA